AUGGAGCACCUUCGUACUUCUACAAAGCGCGCCCACUCUCCCAUUGCCAUUUCUCCUCAAAGCCCUUCAUUUCCUCCGAUGGAUGUAUCGUCCCUGGGCAAAACGGCCAAGGCUGAAAACGUGCCUCCUAGCGCCCCUGCAAUGCCUAAAUUCUUGCAACUAACAGAAGAAGAAAUCUUUAAAAAGUGGGCUGAGCUUAAUCGACUUGAGGCUGAGCGGAUUACAAGGGGCCAAGCUGGAGAAGAUGAGCAGUUUGCAUAUCUCCACCCCGAUCCUGUUCUAGAUCGCUACACCAACAUCUUUCCUUGGGCCAAAAACCGCAUCCGCCUCCAUGUCCCGGAAGGGUACAACGACUACAUCAAUGCCUCACCCAUCACUUUGAAAUCUACUGCUACAACACAAAGCACGCCCAAAGACGGAGUUGUAGACAACUACAUAUGUAUGCAAGGUCCUAAAAAAUCAACCGUUGAUCAUGUGUGGCGUAUGGUAUGGGAUGAAUUCAGACAGCCAUCCAACUCUACCCCAGCUGUCAUCAUCAUGCUAAGUCCCACGCACGCGCCAACUCCGGAUAACCCCAACAGGUUCAUGGAGAAAUGCUACAAGUACUACCCCGAGGAUGAAAACUCCCCACCUCUUGAACUCAACACAAAAGGCGUACUUGGAGAGGACUUCCACGGGACUGUCAAGUUCGCAUCGAGAGAACCAGAGAUUGCCGGUACGGCCAUCGAGGUCCGCAAAUUCAUAAUGACGGUCGAGGGCGAGGAUGAAGAAAAGCCAAUCCUCCACUACCUCUACCCGAACUGGCCAGAUUUCGGCUCGGUGGCCGAAGAAAAUGUCGCAAGCAUUCUCGCGCUGAUGACUGUAACGAGAGAAGCGAACAGCAAUGGUCAGAAUGCCCGUCUCGUGCACUGCAGCGCUGGCGUUGGCCGCACAGGCACCUUCGUCGCGCUGGAAUUCUUGGUUGGUGAACUGCAGAGCGGUGCGUGGGAGGACUGGGACCAGGCGAAUGCGAAUCGGGAUCCUGUGUUUGAUUCGGUCAAUCAGUUGCGCGAGCAGAGGAAGACGAUGGUGCAGGCGUAUGAACAGUAUGUGUUCUUGUACGAGGUGCUGCGGAAGAUGUGGGAAGAAAAAUACACCCCUGAACGUGUUGGGGGCGAAUAUAGUAGGGAAGAUGAAGAGCCGCCGACGAAGACGAUUAAGACGACAAACGUUUCCGAGACUACCGUUAGCUAA